AUGUGGAGCUACAUUUUUGAUCAUCCGCUUAGUGAAGAUUCGCGCAACCACUAUAAAGCUUUGGCUGUCGAGGAAUAUGACCCCUCUUCCUUGUCUCCGCCCAAGCCUUAUCGGCCCAACGACGUGUGUGCCUUGGGGGAGGAUUGCAUCCUGCACUAUUGCGGCAACGUUGUGCAAUGGGCUGAAGUCAGAUACGGCAUCCGCGGUUCUCUGCGGUUUGUCUGGCCAUCUGGCCUAAUGCGUAGGUUUACAGUCAAGAGGAUCAGCCGAGUGUGUAGACUGGCUUGUCCGCGAAGAAAAGGAUCCUUAUCAAGAGCCAUUGUUUGUGCUUGUCUGCAAAAUAAUUGUCUUUUUUUCGCCAAAAUACUUGCUACUGACUAG